AUGUCCUUUAUACAAUCGCUGAGCAUGGAGGAGGGAUGGAUGGUGAUGUGUGUGCGGCUGUGGAAGUGGAGUUCAGUUCAAGUGCUCCAAGUUGAUGAUGGAGUUUUGAGAAUCGCUGAUUUGCCACGCAAUGGUGCAGAAGAGAUGCUGAGAUGGGUCCUAAGAGAAUGGUCUCAGGGCAAGAAGAAGUAUCUUGUGUCCUUGGACGGUUACCAACAGGAUGUACAUGAUCUGGCGCUCAGUGAAUGCAUGUGGUGGCUUCACAAGGACCGGGAAAACCGGCGGGUUGUCAUCACGACGUCGAUGAGUUCUCGAGAAAAGAAAAAAAUUGAGCUCGAUAGAAUGGAGAAGGUAGAGGAGUUGAUGGUGUACUCGUGGGCACUGGAGGAGUACCAGGAGGCCAUAAAGUACGAAAUGUUCUACAAGAGUGUGGCCGGUGUAAUGAAAUGGAGCUUGGAUGCGGAAGAAAGCUCGGAGGAGACAAGGUCGAGAGAUGUCGAGUCAAAGUAUCAGAUUGUUGGAGGCUCAUGCCGCCAUAUGUUCGAAUGUACGACAGAUCAAGCUAUCCAAGAUCUCUGUGCAGCGAUGGACUCUGUCUCUAAUUUCACGACGCUCUUUGAAAUGAACGUGGGCGACCGGUCAAAGCAGUUUGUCAAUCGGCUGCAUGGGAAGUAUCGAAUCGGAAACCAGGUGUACUGGACUUUUAUCAGUAGGUUUGUUGCCAGGGAGCUAGCAGAGAAGCUCGGAGAAUCGUUUGUGAGGAAGAUUGAGCAGCUCCCUGGCAUGACUGAGAAUCCGUCUCUUCGGGGGAUUUUGUUUGAGAUGCUGUUCUUUGCUCGGAUAGGACGAGAUCCAGGGCUGCAGGUCAACCUCAGGUCAGAGAAUCAAGCCGAGUCCGAGCAGCACGACGACUGGCAAAGGUGUAGCGUAAUACCUCUUGAAGCAAGCGAAGUCCAGAAGGCUCUGAAGCAAGGAGAAGCAAGGUUGUGCCUGAAGCCGUUGAAAUGGAAUCCGGGGGGCUAUGAUGCAGUGAUUUUGGACUCGAAUGACAAGUUGGUGCGCUUCAUACAGGUAACCAUUGCGGAGACCCAUGACCUUAAAUUGCGGUUCAUGUAUGAGUGUCUGCAAUCUUUGGGCAUUGAGCAAGGGGGGACCUGGAAGGUUGAGAUUGUGUUUGUCGUUCCAAAGGAGAAUCUCUACAAGUUCAGAAUGAAACGUGUGGAAGACGAAUUUAUACUUAAACAGUACGGGUGGACACGCGACUCUCAAGUAGUUGCAAUGAACUCCAGACCGCAAGGAUAG